AUGGUUUCCGGUUAGCUGUUUUUUUUUAAUUAUUAUUAUUAUUAUUGAAAAGCAGAUUACCAGAGGCAUGUCCACGCUGUUCCCGUCUCUAUUCCCACGGAUCACAGAAUCCCUGUGGUUCAAUCUGGACCGGCCCUGUGUGGAUGAGGCUGAGUUGCACCAGCAGGAGCAACAGCACCAGGCCUGGUUGCAGAGCAUUGCUGAGAAGGACAACAACCUGAUGCCGAUUGGGAAACCAAUUUAUGAGCAGCCAUAUGAUGAUGAAGAGGAGGAGGAUGACGAGGAUGAGGAAGACAGUGAAGAGGACUCAGAAGAUGAAGAAGACAUGCAGGACAUGGAUGAGAUGAAUGAUUACAACGAGUCACCUGAUGAUGGCGAGAUUAAUGAGGUGGACAUGGAGGGACCAGAUCAGGACCAAGAUCAGUGGAUGAUUUAGGCAACAGACUGUUUGGUUUUUGUCCCGAACGAACCGCCUGGCGUGGGAUUCGUGUUCCACACUUCAGACCUGACUGCUGCCCGGCUGGUCUGUGGCACAGUCACAUUUUCAUGUUUGUGUAACU